CUCAAAGCCGGCUGCGCCGCCCACCACUGGCCAGGGCGGGACAGGGGGCUCGGACGGCUCCCCCACCCCCAGGAGCCCCCCCCGAGAGACACCCGGGAAACUCAGGAGAUCCAGAAGACCCAGGGACCCCCCCCCCCCCUCCUCCCCCGGGAGAGACCCAGGACACCUCGGAGCCUCCAGGAGAGACCCGGGAGCCCCCCAGGAGAGACCCGGGAGCCCCCCGGGAAACUCAAUUGAGCCAGGAGCCCCCCUCCCUCCGUGCCUCCCUCCCCAGGAGGGGCCGGGUCCCCGGCCGUGCGCGAUGGAGAGGGGCAGAGGACGGAGCGUGCAGCACAACGGGGUGGGGGAGGGCCCCGGGAGGGCGGAGGGGCCGGAGCCGGGCGGGCCGGGCCUGGCGGCCGCCUACGACAGCGUCCUGCGCUGCCUGGGCGAGGACCCCAACCGCCAGGGCCUCCUCGGGACCCCCUCCAGGGCCGCCGCCGCCAUGCGCUUCUUCACCAAGGGAUACCGGGAGACCAUCGCAGAUGUCCUGAACGAUGCCAUAUUUGACGAGGAUCACGACGAGAUGGUGAUCGUCAAGGACAUAGACAUGUUCUCCAUUUGUGAGCAUCAUUUAGUGCCGUUCAUCGGAAAGGUCCAUAUAGGCUACCUCCCUAACAAGCAAGUCCUCGGGCUCAGCAAGCUUGCACGGAUUGUGGAAAUCUACAGUAGGAGAUUACAAGUGCAGGAACGCCUCACUAAACAGAUCGCGGUAGCCAUCACCGAAGCCUUGAAGCCCGCGGGAGUCGGCGUGGUGGUCGAAGCCACGCACAUGUGCAUGGUGAUGCGGGGCGUGCAGAAGAUGAACAGCAAGACGGUCACCAGCACCAUGCUGGGGGUCUUCAGGGAAGACCCCAAGACGCGGGAAGAGUUCUUGACGCUCAUCCGGAGCUGAAGGGGCUGGUGACCCGCUGUCCCCCCUUUCCCUUUCCCCCGUCUCGUUACAAUCGUCGUGACUUCUGUGUGACCCUGAUCGUCGGUGAAAAAUCGUCUCUAGGAAGCGGAAGAAGCGUGGGUCUCCCGCGGGCCCGCCUCUUAUUCCGAGUUGCCGCCUUUCCAUUCCCCUCACCAGGCAGGGAUCGACUUCCCGCAAUCGUUUACAGACGCGUCCUCCCGUCAACGGGGAAUUCGACUCUCCGUGCCUCGGCGACGAAGCCAUUUAGGCGGCGGGAACCCUCGCCUUUCCCGCCACCGUCUUAAGCGAGCGCGUCCGUCCCCGUGAGACCGGCCCGUGCCGGUCAGCCGUCGAAAAGGGAAGCCGGAGAAGCGGCUGACCUAAAAGCGUAGUUAAAUGGCUCAGAGAGGCGGGUGGAAGAUCGGCCGGAAGCCUGGAGUCGAGGAGGAAGGGCCUUCGAGGAGGUUCUGAGGGGAAAUUCCUUCGCCGGAGUCUUCCCGAGCACGCGGAGACGGCCCUCCUUGACCCCUGGGCUGCCUGAUUCGGGGCGCGGUGGCGGAAAUGCGUCCCCUUGGCCAGCCCAUCGGAAACCCUCUCCGUCCCUUUCAAAAGCAGCGGGAGGCAGGCGGCCACCCCUCGGCGCGGCCGGUGAGCGUCGUCUCGAAACCCUCGCCGUCCCGACAGCCAGGCGCUCGUAUCGGUCGAUCGGAAUCUGUCGAGCGCUUACCGUGUGCGGAGCACUGUGCUAAGCCCUUGGGGGAGGACGACAGAACGAUAAACAGACACAUUCCCCGCCCACAACGAGUUUACAGCCUAGCGCGUCGGAGGCUGUUCACGCCGCCUCGGCGGGUGGGAUGGGCAGGUCGGGCGACGUCGGAAAAAGAGUCACCGUCGCCCGAGAAAUUCCCUCCAUCCGUGGGUGUUGCGGAGUGGGCUUUGUUUUUUCUUUCUUUCAAGUAAAAAGGUCCCCCGCUGUGCUUUCAGAUAAACCUAAAGAUCUGCCCCAGAAAGCCAGUUCUUUGAAAGUUGGGCCUCGCCCGCCAGGCCCUAGGUCUCGAAUAGGGCGGCGAGAGUGAGCGUGAACCAUAUCAUCCCAAAUUUAUUCCUACUUAGACUGGGAGCCCCACGUGGGACAAGGAUUGGGUCCAACCCCAUCAUCUCGCCUCUCCGUCAGCGCACGGUACGACGCGUGGCUCGUAGUAAACGAUUAACACGUCCCGCCGUCCUUAAAAAAAAGAAACGUCCCUACCGUCCGCCUGAGAACUCGACAGCAGCAGCCCCCAGAUGACGGAAGACGUUUGCUUCCUCCCAGCCACUUCUCAGAAUCCUUUGCCUGGGGCCUUCUCUCUCCUCCCUCCCUCUCCUCUUCCCAGCCCUAAAGGGGACAAGCAGGUCCAGAAGGCGCACACGAUCGAAGCCAACUUUAGCCCUCGUUCGGCCGUAUUUAUCCAGUGCUUACUGGGUGCAGAGCACUGGAUUAAGCGCUUGGGAGGGUCCAACAGAACAAUAAGCAGACACAUCCCCCGCCCCCGGCGGGUUUACAGUCACCGGCCUGGCUUUAAGAAACUUUAGGCCCGGGGUCUAACCGUUACCGUUGGCUCCGAGGAUGUUUCCCAGUUCCUUCUUUCUCUGAACGACGCCAUGUCGCCGGUUUAAGCCUUGACUGGAGGGGCCACGGCCCAAGGACCAAAGAAAUUGCCCAAAGGGGAACUUUCUCCCUUCCUGCGAGGGUUUGUCUUCCCCCGGGGCUGUUUGUAUAACCUGACCGUCAGCGCCUUCCCAAUCCCCAAACAACCCUCCCGCUGUCCUCCGGCGUCGGCUAAAGUCCAACGGCCCGAACCGUUUUCUGUUUAUUCUACCGCCGUCCGGUCCUUUGAACAUACCUCUCUCUGUAGCCGCGGCCUUGUACUGGUGGUGUUGCUUAGGGUUGUUUUGUUUUUUUUAAAACUUGCUGACUUGGCUACACUACGGCCCUAAUUCCAACGGGUUUUAUUUAUAUCUGAUGUUAGCGAAGAUGUCGUCUCCUGGAGUUGAUUCUAUUUAAGACAAUAAAGUAUUGCCAUUUAGCUACCA